AGAAGAAGAAAUAAAAGGAAACACUUCCUGUGUCUCCAGUUUUCAUCGUGUUUUCUUUUUGUUAUUUAUUCUGAAGUUGUUGAAUUAACGUCAGUGGAAGAAGAAGAAGAAGAAGAGGAAGAAGAAGAAGCUGCACCAACAUGAAGCUCAACAUCGAGGGUCUGCUGGUGUAUUUUCCAUAUGACUACAUUUAUCCGGAGCAGUACUCCUACAUGCUGGAGCUGAAGAGGACUCUGGACGCUAAGGGUCAUGGAGUCUUGGAGAUGCCGUCAGGAACAGGGAAGACAAUCUCUCUGCUGUCACUCAUCGUUGCCUACCAAAGAGCCUUUCCUUUGGAAGUGACCAAACUCAUUUACUGCUCCAGAACAGUCCCAGAGAUCGAGAAGGUGGUGGAGGAGCUGAGGAAACUGAUGGAGUUUUAUUCUAAAGAAACUGGAGAAAGCAACAACUUCCUGGCUCUGGCUCUUUCCUCCAGGAAAAACCUCUGCAUCCACCCUGAGGUGAGCUCUCUGCGCUUCGGUAAGGAGGUUGAUGGGAAGUGCCACAGUCUGACGGCAUCGUACAUUCGUGCUCAGCGUCACAGCGACCCCGGCCUGCCCGCCUGUCGAUUCUAUGAGGAGUUUGAUGCGGUCGGCAGACAGGUGCCUCUUCCAGCUGGCGUCUACAACCUGGACGACCUGAAGGAGUUUGGCAGGAGGAAAGGCUGGUGUCCGUAUUAUCUGGCGCGCUACUCAAUCCUGCACGCCAACAUUGUAGUGUACAGCUACCACUAUCUGCUGGACCCUAAGAUCGCUGACCUGGUGUCCAAAGAACUCUCCAAGAAAUCUGUGGUGGUGUUUGAUGAGGCUCAUAAUAUUGACAACGUAUGUAUCGACUCCAUGAGUGUGAACAUCACCAGACGAAUGCUUGACCGCUGCCAGAACAACGUGGACACUCUCCAGAACACCAUACAAAAGAUCAAGGAGACGGACACGGCCAAGCUCAGGGAGGAGUACAGGCGGCUGGUGGAGGGGCUGAAGGAAGCCAAUGUUGCCCGGGAAACAGACGUCUACCUCGCUAAUCCAGUGUUACCAGAUGAAAUUCUCAAAGAGGCAAUUCCUGGAACCAUUCGCACAGCUGAGCACUUUGUUGGUUUUUUGAGGCGCUUCCUGGAGUACCUGAAGUCUCGUCUGAGGGUCCAGCAUGUCGUACAGGAGAGCGCCCCACAGUUCCUCAAAGACAUCUUUGACAAAGUCUGCAUCGACCGUAAACCUCUUAGGUUUUGUGCAGAGCGGUUGCAAUCAUUAUUACGAACUCUGGAGAUUGCAGACAUUGCAGACUUCUCAGCUGUCACUCUCAUCUCUAACUUUGCUACCCUGGUCAGCACCUACAGCCAAGGUUUUACCAUCAUCAUUGAGCCCUUUGAGGACAGAACUCCGACCAUUGCAAACCCUGUUCUGCACUUCAGCUGCAUGGAUCCAUCGAUAGCCAUCAAACCAGUUUUUCAAAGGUUUCAGUCAGUCGUCAUCACCUCAGGGACUCUCUCUCCACUGGACAUCUAUCCCCGAAUCCUGGACUUCCGCCCUGUUACUAUGGCGUCCUUCACCAUGACACUAGCACGGACCUGCCUCUGUCCCCUGAUUGUUGGAAGAGGAAAUGACCAGGUGGCCCUGAGCUCAAAGUUUGAGACCAGAGAAGACUUUGCUGUGAUUCGUAACUAUGGCAACCUACUUCUUGAAAUGUCGGCCAUUGUUCCUGACGGCAUUGUGGCGUUUUUCACGAGCUAUAUAUAUAUGGAGAAUAUAGUGGCAUCUUGGUAUGAACAGGGAAUCCUUGAAAACAUCCAGAGAAACAAACUCAUCUUCAUUGAGACUCAGGAUGCUGCAGAGACGAGCAUGGCCCUGGAGAAAUACCAGGAGGCGUGUGAGAACGGCAGAGGAGCCAUCCUCCUGUCUGUGGCCAGAGGAAAAGUGUCUGAGGGAAUCGAUUUUGUUCACCAUUUUGGUCGGGCAGUCAUCAUGUUUGGAGUUCCUUAUGUUUACACACAGAGCCGCAUCCUAAAGGCUCGUCUGGAGUACCUUCGUGAUCAGUUUCAGAUCAGAGAGAACGACUUCCUAACGUUUGAUGCCAUGCGUCACGCAGCUCAAUGUGUGGGCAGAGCCAUCAGAGGCAAGACCGACUACGGACUCAUGAUUUUCGCUGACAAACGUUAUGCCCGAGCAGACAAACGUGGGAAACUUCCUCGCUGGAUUCAGGAGCACAUUAACGACGGCAGUCUGAACCUCACCGUGGACGAGGCCGUCCAGCUCUCAAAGCACUUUCUACGUCAGAUGGCUCAGCCUUUCAGACAGGAGGACCAGCUGGGUCUGUCUCUGUUGACUCUUGAGCAGCUGCAGUCAGAAGAGAUGCUGCAGAAAAUCUCUCAGAUCGCUCAUCAGACUUAAAG